GUUUAAUUUUCAUUUAAACCUACACAAACUCAACCCAAUCAAAUUAAACCCAAUCUGACUACUACUGUACUUCCUAUGAUUUUAUGUGAACUAAGCAACAGUACAGAGGCAGAAUUGUUGAAUAAACCGAAAACUACAGUAAUGUCAUAGAUGAUUUGAUCUAAUGACCAUCACGUUUCUUUAGGUUACACUGUUCCAAAUGUCUCAUUGUAGAGCGAUUUAAGUAAUCCAAUCACUAAUUGUUCUGUUGUGUUUGAGGGGAGUAGAAUUUCACUUUAUAUAAUAAAACUAACUAAUUAAAAAUGAGUAAAUCAAAGGUAUUAUCACAAUAAGUAGAGGACAUUUUACUUUUGUUGUCUGUAAUACAGGAAUUAAAUAGGUGUUAACAUUUUAAAUGGUCGUGACUGUAACCAUUGCCCCAUUCAUCAAACGGGACAAUCCCUCCUUUAUUUCCUAAGCCAUGGCCGGAAGAGGCGUGGCUUUUGUAUUUUCCCGCGAACUUCUUCUUGUCUUCCUGUGAUUCGGCGAUUUCCGGAGAGGUGUUGUUCGUGGACGCUAUUUAUGUCUUUACCCAGUUCCGUUCUUUGUAGGUUCAUGUAAUUUUUUUUCGUGUCUCCUUCGUGUUCAGCAGCAGCAUGUCUCAGGCUCGAGUCACAGAUUUCUUUGCCCAGAGAAAGAAAGGCAUCGCCGAGGCAGCGAAGCAGCGCCACCGCGUCCCUGGAGCCACGACGAGGUCCAGGCUCUCCCAAAACAAAGACGCUUUGCUCGGUUCGUCCGUUCAUGAAGAGUUCGUGCGAGUUAUCGACGAGGCAGCGGGGCUGAACCAUGGACAAGCUAGAUGCGAUGCCGCAGAGGAAGCCUCGUCCAGCCCCCGGACGCCCAAGCGGACCUCGGCCAACGCAGAGUUCGACCUCGGGGCGUCCGCGUUUUCAGCCACCGCCGAACACAGCACAGCCAAGAAGAGUCGGCAGGGGGAGGCCGCGAGGGACGCCCCGGAGAAAGUGACCCGCAGGACGGCCAGGAAGAAGCUGGUUCUUCAAGGCGCAUCGGAGGAUGCGGCUCCAUCACCUCCGGUGUGUGGGCAGGACUUUGAGAACCAGGAUCGAGUCACCAGCAAGAACAGCGGAGGUCAGGCCGACAAGUCUCUGCCUAAAGACGACAUUGCAGCCCUCAAGUCUCGCCUUCAAUGGAUCAAGAAACAUACAGGGGAGAUUACAAGCUCUGCUUCACCUUCCACUGCUGCCUCCUCUCAAGCAUCUAAAGAACUUACCACCUCUGUCCCCAAAGCCCCCUUGCCUCACACCCAUGAUGCUAGGGCUGUUAAGUGGGCUUUGGCAAAAGCUAAAGACCUGGCAGCUAAAGCACAGAAGAGGUACAAGGAGAGAGAAGCUGAGGAGAGCAGGCCGAGUGAGACACAAGCCCAGGACAGUGCUGAGCUGCCAGCGUACCAGCGUUACCACACCCUUGCCCAGUCCACUCCGCCAGGCCUCUCCUUGCCUUACCAUUAUAUGGUGCUGGCUGAGAUGUUUAGGAGCAUGGACACGGUGGUCGCUAUGUUGUACAACCGCAGUGAGAUAGCGACUUUCUCCAAAGUCAAACAAGGGGUUCAGGACAUGAUGCACAAGCGCUUUGGGGAAGACCACAUGGGUCAGAUUCAAACAGUGUUUCCUGAGGCCUACACAUUCAGACAGGAGAAGAGCAUUCCGACCUUCAACGGCAGCUUUAAGAAGGGCAGCUACCAGCUCACUGUGGAGCCUGAUAUAGUCUCAGAACAGAGCACGGCGCGCCCUGUCCUUUCAGCUUCUCUUCUUCUUAAACGAAGACGCAUCUUCCAUCAGAACCUUGUAUCUCAUGUUAAAUUCCACCAUAAGGUUUUCCUGUCCUCUCUGGUUCCCCCAGUGUCUGUUUCCGAUGAUAAACUGACUCGAUGGCACCCUCGCUUCAAUGUGGACUCAGUGCCAGCCAUACAGACUAGCCCCCUGCCACAGCCUCCACAUACUGAAAAACUGGCCACAGCACAGGAGGUGUUGGACAAAGCCCGUUCACGUAUCACACCUAAGAUGGAGGAUGCUCUGGUUUCCCUGGCUCUGAAGACAGACAGUAAACCGGCAUCACCUCCACAGAACUCGGCGCCGUCUGCUGGCCUGGCACCUCAGGUCCCUUCUACCCUGAAAGGAGUGUCCCAGUCUCUGCUGGAAAGAGUUCGAGUGAAGGAGGCCCAAAAGCUUCAGGUAGCAAUGACUCGAAACUCUGCCCAGGAGGAGCGUCUUCUGAUGAUGUCACGGCUCGGUGAACUGGCGAGGAUCCUCCGUAAUGUGUUUGUUGCAGAAAAGAAACCUGCUUUAAUCAUGGAAGUAGCCUGUAACAGGAUGGUGGCCAGCUAUAAGUCUGCUCUCAGCACAGGUGAAAUGGAGAAACACAUCUUUCUGCUGGCUGAGGUAGCUUCUGAAUGGCUGACCAUCCACCCAAUCAGGAAGGACUUCUACCUGAAGCUCAACAAGAAUAUGGAGCUCACUGGCAUUCUGGACAAGUUGAGCAGAAGACUCCAGGAGGAGGAGAGCUUGUGAGACCACUGUCACUGACUGCCUUCCCAGGUCCUUGUGAUAUGAACUGCCUGUUUCUUUUGAGUUCAUUGAUUUGCUGCUCUUUGCCGCUGUGCUGACCAAACCCAUCUUUUUUUUUUCCUUCAUAAGUAUGUGAAUUUGGUGGGCACAUGUCUGCUUCCAGUCUUUUAAAAUACUUGUUUUCUACAGUGUAGAACUGCUGUUUAUAUUUUAAAGGUUAGAUAAGAACAAUUACACUUAUCCUUUUUUUCAGUUCAGUUUAUUAUUUACUGUUUGUAAAACCAAAGCAGCCAAUGCUUUAGAAAUUGCUUUUGUAACAACUGAGAAAAGAAAAUAAACUAUAUCACCAGUGUA